AUGUUUCGGGAAAUAAAGUAUCGGUGUCAGAUUCAGCGCCUGUUGUUCAUGGGAUUUCUGAUGCUGUUUGCCACGGUGGUGCUGAAAUACUCCUCCUGGGAAUGCAACUUCAGUGAUCUCGGGAAAGAGACAGUGCAUAUGAAGAGCGAGAGUUGCAAGGAUCAUCUCUACCAGUCUCUAAAGUUGUCUCCCAGGGGCCAGAUCAACUGCUCUCGGAUCGUCAGAGGGGAUGUGAAAGCCGUAGAGGAGGCUCUUUUGAGCAGGCUACAGAAGAAAACUAAAUCUGAGCCUUUAACCCCGAAAGAUUACGUGAAUUUGACGAAGGACUGCGCUCACUUUAAACAGCGCAGGAGGUUUGUCGAGUUCCCACUGAGCAAAGAGGAGGAGGAAUUUCCUAUUGCAUAUUCCAUGGUAGUGCAUGAGAAGACUGAGAUGUUCGAAAGAUUGUUAAGGUCCAUCUACACGCCCCAGAAUAUAUACUGUGUCCACGUAGAUCUAAAAUCCCUGGACGAAUUCAGGGAGGCAGUCCGAGGGAUCGCCUCGUGCUUCGAAAAUGUCUUUGUGGCCACUAAACUGGAGAGAGUAGUGUACGCGUCCUGGUCCCGGGUCCAAGCGGACCUGAACUGCAUGGAGGACCUACUCAAGAGCAACGUGCCUUGGAGGUAUCUCUUAAACACUUGCGGCACCGAUUUCCCCAUCAAGACCAACGCCGAGAUUGUCCGAACCCUGAAGUUUCUAAACGGGAGAAACAAUAUGGAAUCCGAGAAACCCUCUUCGAUCAAGGAGGCUCGCUGGAAGUACCACCACCACGUGGAGAACUCGGUGAUCCGAACCACCAAGGAGAAGAGCCCCCCGCCCCAGGCCUCACCCAUGUUCACGGGCAAUGCCUAUGUUGUGAUCACAAGGGACUUUGUUCAAGCCCUCUUUGAAAACCCGACGGCGCAGCAGCUGCUGGAGUGGUCAAAAGAUACUUACAGCCCAGAUGAACAUAUCUGGGCCACCCUCCACCGGAUGCCAAGCAUGCCAGGAUCGGUGCCUUAUAACAAUAAGUAUGAGGUCUCCGAUCUCAAUGCUGUUGCUAGAUUGGUGAAGUGGUCCUACCUGGAGGGCGAUGUCAGCAAAGGGGCACCCUACCCGCCGUGUACGGGUAUCCACCAACGGGAGGUCUGUGUGUAUGGGGUAGGUGAUCUUCACUGGAUGCUCCAAAACCACCAUCUGCUAGCCAACAAGUUUGACCCAAAGGUAGAUGAAAACGCAAUCCAGUGUCUGGAGGAAUAUCUACGUUACAAGUCGGUGUAUGGGAAAAAUCUCUGAGAGCCUGUCAGGCCUGGCAAGGUGAAAACACAAAUCUUGAGAGCGACCUGUAAAGAACUUCACCAAAAAUGCGAUGUAAAAUUUACAGAGCACUUGGUUUUAGCUCGCACUCUCAGCAAGUGGGGGAUUUUGCUCUGCAUACAGUACUGGUCACUGAAUUCACAGACUUGAGACGAUCGACCGUAUUUUUCCUAUAGUAAAAACCUUAAUAUAUGCUGUCCGAAUUACAGUGAAACCUCUCCAGGAGAUUCUAGACAGCCUCAUGUUGUCAGUACUGAGUCAGAUUCUGCUCCACCUUGAACAAAAAACCUCCAGUAAGCGAUUGCCCUGUCCUUGGGCGUGGUUGCUCAAGACGGAUUUCACUGUAUUUCAGUUGGAAUAAAAGCUUUUUCAUAUGAAGGAAACAAAAAGGAAUUUGCUAAUCACUUGGAACGUCUGUUUAAUUUGCUUCCUCCAUUCCACCGUUGAGGUUGCAUUCUAAAGUAAUUGUCCUUUUGUAGUUUAUGCUAUAAAAUAAGGAGACUCCUACUGUAGAGGGGGAAAUAAGAUUUAACCUGGUUAUCAGCCGCAGUCAUUUUCCUAUUUAAGUGUCUCUUCUUAUUCUCAGGAUGUGGCUUGAGAGGGUAAUAUUCAGGACCUGUUUAUUCUCAAAUCCAGUCUGCAUGGCAUUAGCAGUCAGUACCAGGACAUGCUAUCUAGAGUAAACAUUUUCUGUGGAAAAUCCUAACUGUAGAAAUCGAUGGAUUUAAAUUAUGCUUUAAGUGUAUAUAAUGUGAACUGCAAUUCAAGAGUAUUCAGAUGUGGAGUGCUGGUACAGUCCUCUGUUUCUGUGAUAAAGUGAUUGAUCUAGAAGUUGUACAUAAGCAGCACAUUUCAUCCCCACUGAUCUUGGGGAAAGAGCCCCCACUUUCUUUGGGGGGGAGGGGGAGAGAGUCACAAAAAUAAAAAAAUUGCACCAUAACUUUUUUCUGCUUUGUGGUGAAAGUUUGGAAGAACUACUUUAUCUGUAGACAUGAUUUCCUGGUACAUUAGCACACAAUAACAAUCUUAAAGAUAAAAAUAUUUUAAGGAAUAUUAUAAACCUUAACA